AUGCCCACAAUCCUCACGCCGCAGGGCUGGGUCAAAGUUGCGCCGGUUGUGCAAAAGAAGAGGCCGGCCAAGUCUGACCCUGCCGAAGCCUUCAAAGGAACAUUGGCCUACUUCAGCUGUCAACAGCUUCCGUCGAAGACCCAAGACUCGUACAACAGAACCCAAUUCCCAUAUGAUUUGUCUGCAUCACCAGAGAAACUGAAGCGCCAGGGCCUGGCUCAGACCCAGGCCAAAAUUGGCGGCAAGAACAGAACCGUCUCUACGCCGCAACCGCAGCCGGGUUUUCAAGUCGACGGCGACGAAGACUGGGAUGGCGUGAUCGAUCGCAGGUCGCAUUCGACUCGCUCCUCGACCAGAAGCAUCUCUCCUCCGCCGAAGUCGGCACGCUCGCAGCGGUCAUCUAAUCCACGACCUGCCCACAGAUCACACUCGCCCUCACCCUCCCACCGAACAUCAUCACGCAAUCAACCGGUCGAAUCUGUUCCACCGCCUGUCAUCGUAUAUCAUACCCCGUCCGCUCCACAUCCAUCGGGGCCCAGGCGUUCACCCGAAACGAGAUACCAUAACUACUACCCGGCAGGAGGAAUUGAGCACCCGCCGCCACCAACGAGUGCACGGAGCAUGUCGUACAGUUGGUAUAACGCCACGACGCCGUUGAACUUGUGA